AUGAGUGGGCAGAUUUGCCAGAUCUGCAGUGACAAUGUUGGGAAGACCGUGAACGGAGAUCCCUUUGUGGCUUGUGACUUUUGCUCAUACCCAGUUUGUAGACCUUGCUAUGAGUAUGAGAGGAAACACGGAAACCAUUCUUGUCCUCAAUGCAAGACCACAUACAAGAGACUCAAGGUUUACAAGACUGACGUUCUACCACUGAGCUAUACGGGCUCCUUGACUUUCUAUUUCCAUUUUCAUUUAUAA